GCAUUUACUCACAUGUGACAUCCAACACUCUUCACACCUCAUCACUCCUCACUCUCUCUCUCUCUUUGGAUCCGUUGAGCAGAGAUGGCUAAGAAUGUGGGUAUUCUCGCCAUGGACAUCUACUUCCCUCCCACCUGCGUUCAACAGGAAGCAUUGGAGGCUCAUGAUGGUGCCAGUAAAGGCAAAUACACCAUUGGACUUGGUCAAGAUUGCAUGGCAUUCUGCACUGAGGUUGAAGAUGUCAUCUCCAUGAGUUUGACAGUUGUUACUUCUCUUCUUGACAAGUAUGGGAUUGAUCCUAAACAAAUUGGGCGCCUCGAAGUUGGUAGUGAGACCGUUAUAGACAAGAGCAAAUCCAUCAAGACUUUUCUUAUGCAGAUUUUUGAGAAACAUGGAAAUACUGACAUAGAAGGGGUUGAUUCAAGUAACGCAUGCUAUGGAGGAACUGCUGCUUUGUUCAAUUGUGUCAACUGGGUGGAGAGCAAUUCGUGGGAUGGACGCUAUGGACUUGUUGUCUGCACUGACAGUGCUGUCUAUGCCGAAGGACCUGCUCGGCCUACUGGAGGAGCUGCUGCUAUUGCCAUGCUCGUUGGUCCUGAUGCUCCCAUUGCAUUUGAAAGCAAAUUGAGGGCAAGCCACAUGUCUCAUGCUUAUGAUUUUUACAAGCCUAAUCUUGCUAGUGAAUAUCCAGUUGUUGAUGGAAAACUUUCUCAAACUUGCUACCUUAUGGCUCUUGAUUCAUGCUAUAAACAACUCAGUCACAAAUAUGAGAAGCUCAAUGGGAAGCCAUUUUCUCUUUCCGAUGCUGAAUACUUUGUAUUUCACUCUCCUUAUAACAAGCUUGUACAAAAAAGUUUUGCUCGUUUGUUGUUUGAUGACUUCAUAAGGGAUCCAAGUUCUGUGGAUGAAACUGCCCAGCAAAAACUGGAACCUUUUGCAAAUUUAUCCGGUGAUGAGAGCUACCAAAGCCGGGAUCUCGAAAAGGCUUCCCAGCAAGUUGCAAAGCCUCUAUUUGAUGCCAAGGUGCAACCAACUACUUUGAUACCAAAGGAAGUUGGCAACAUGUACACCGCAUCUAUAUAUGCAGCAUUUGCAUCCCUUAUUCAUAACAGAUAUAGCGUGUUGGCUGGUAAGAGGGUGAUGUUAUUUUCCUAUGGGAGUGGUCUAACCGCCACAAUGUUUUCUUUGCAAUUACGCGAUGCUCAGCAUCCAUUUAGCUUAUCAAACAUUGCUGAAGUAAUGGAUGUUGCUGGAAAAUUGAAGUCAAGGCAUGAGUUUCCUCCAGAGAAAUUCGUGGAAACUCUGAAGCUAAAUGAACAUAGAUAUGGUGCUAAGGAGUAUGUCACAAGCAAGGACACAAGCCUAUUAUCUCCAGGGACAUUCUAUCUCACUGAAGUGGAUUCCAUGUAUCGCAGAUUCUAUGCAAAGAAAGCUAUUGAAAAUGGUUUUGCUCCCACAUCGAACGGCGUCAUUGCCAAUGGUCAUUGAUAUUGAACACAUAAAAAGGCCUUUGCACUAAAUGGAGAAAGUCAACAUCGGUUAGAACAAAAGAAGGGGUAUUGUCAUUGUUUGCAUUACUUUUGUAAGGUAAAUGGUUCCUGUCGUGACAAACGUCGAGUCUUGUCAGUUCAAUCGUUGUAUCCGUUUUAGAUGUGUAGUUACCAUAAAGUUUAAUAAUUCUAUCUGUUUCCAUA